AUGGUCGAAAUCGAGACGCCUGACGCCGAAGAGCUCGGAGGAAACGUUACCAAGCCAUUUAAGUUCGUUACCGUUGGCUAUGAUGCUCGAUUCCCCAACACGAACCAGACGAAACACUGCUGGCAAAACUAUGUCGAUUACCACAAAUGUAUCCUAGCAAAAGGCGAAGAUUUCAAACCAUGCAGACAGUUCUACCUGGCAUACCGAUCACUUUGCCCGAGUUCCUGGGUCGCCAGAUGGGAUGACCAACGCGAAGCCGGAAACUUCCCAGUUGACUUGCAACAUUAG